AUGCGCGGCUUCGACGCCGAAGACGUCGAGGUGAUACGGAAGGCAGUGGAGAGCGACGGCGUCGACUCGAAGGCGUGUGCGCCGGGACCGCCGAUGGACGAGCGCGUGGAGGAGGAUCCGCCGGACGAGGACUCUGGCCUCAUUCCGCAGAUCGAUCGACCGAUGAGCAUGCCGUAUUUGUGUUGCAAACUGUGGCGAUGGAAGGAUUUGCAAGUGGACGCCGCGUUGCAUCGGCUCGAAGCUCUGCCGUGGUGUCGAUUCGGAAGAGUGACCAUUAACAAUGCGACUGGUGAGUGUUUGAGCGUCUGCGUCUCUCGUUCUCUCGUUCUCUCGUUCUCUGAUAGUGAGCAGAGAGCGCAACAUUUUCUCUUCAUUUGUUCCCAUCUUUGCAGUCUCCUGCUGCAAUCCAUAUCACUAUGCUCUGUGGAUCCGUCCGGAAACAAAUGGCGGUGACGAUGAUGGAUCGUCGGACAAGAACUCGGUUCACGCCAAUCACAGAUCAUCACUCAUCGGCAACGGACACAUCACCUAUAGGCAUCGAGGUCGGUUUGCUCUCCAGUUUCUGCUCAAAAAGCUCCCCAAUUGCAGAUACCCACGACGCCGACAUCUCCAAACUUCCGAAGAUGUUGGCGGCCGAGAUUCCGGACAGACCGCCGCCAUCGGUGCCGGUCGGAACGCCUCCGGCACCCGACGAGUCGCCGCCGUGCACUUCGAGGAGUUCGCACGAGGAAGAGGAUCUCAUUCACUAUCAUCUUCACGAGUCGAGCCGAUGUGAGUUUUAGGGGGUCCAUUCUGGCGUUUCAUGUGAGACGUUACAGCUUGGGCAAAGAUGAUGCGAUACGAACGGAAGGAGCAGAUCGGCGAGACUGUCUGGCUGCACGGCGCAUUCGCGGCCGUCGGAGUGCUAUCCAAAUCAGGUUCGUCAUUUCAACUUUCCUUUCUCCCAUCUCCUUCUUCUUCUUCUUCCAGUCCACGAUGCCCAGCUGGAAUGCUCGCCGUGGGAUCUCAAAAACGAAGUUUCGUUCGCUUUGAUACGACAAGCCGACCCGAUCGGAUCAACGAAUCCAGAAGACGUCUGGCUGUAUAACAGGUCCGUCAUAGAGCUCCGAGCUCCGAGAAAAGAACAGUGCAUUUCAGUGGAACCCGUCCGCUCUUUCUCUCCAUGACUCCGAACGUGUCGUCGACAAAGGACACGCUUCGGAGGCUGUCGCCCGGAUACUGUAUACGAGUGCAUCGGGGAGAAGUGUCCGCUUCCGCGCCCGCCAGCGAACGGACCAAAGUGCGAAGGCCCAGCAGGGUAGGGUCCCGUUUCUUCCGGUCCGUCUACAGUAAUCGCUUUCGUUGCAGGACCCGUCGCUGGCUCAACAGAACCUGGUAAUAUCGGUCGGCAAAGGCUGGGGACCCAACUAUUCCCGGCUGUAUUUGACCGACAUCCCGUGCCGUUACGAAGUGUCUUUCGCCUAG